GACGCACCAGGAAGUGAAACGGGCGGCUAAUUGGCUAGCUCCGGGCUAGCGAGUAGAGAUGAAUCUACAUCUGAAAAAGAGUUUUGUGUGUUUUCACAGUCUGGAACAGGAUUGACAUUUUGUCCACGCACUCGUGAGGUGCACAGCCACACAAGGCAUCUACAAUGGGCCAACGAAGGAGAGCGGCAGCUUCAUCUCAGAGAGCCUCUGGAGCUCCUGCAGAGGUCACUGGGAUCCCCAGCAGGAAGCACAAUAUCUGCAUGGUGUCUGACUUCUUCUAUCCGAACAUGGGAGGAGUAGAAAGUCACAUUUACCAGCUAUCCCAGUGUUUGAUUGAAAAGGGACACAAGGUGGUAAUUGUCACCCAUGCCUAUGGCAGGAGGAAAGGUGUCAGGUACCUGACCAACGGACUGAAGGUCUACUACCUCCCCCUGCAGGUGAUGUACAACCAGUCCACAGCCACCACCUGUUUCCACAGUCUCCCACUGAUGCGCUGUGUGUUUGUAAGGGAACGCAUCACUGUGGUGCACGCACACAGCUCGUUUUCCGCCAUGGCCCAUGAUGCACUGUUUCACGCCAAGACCAUGGGUCUUAAUACGGUGUUCACUGACCACUCACUCUUCGGCUUCGCUGAUGUGAGCUCUGUGCUGACCAACAAACUUCUGACUGUGUCGCUGUGUGACACCAACCACACUGUGUGCGUGUCGUACACCAGUAAGGAGAACACAGUGCUCCGUGCAGCACUCAACCCAGAGAUAGUGUCUGUUAUUCCCAACGCUGUCGACCCUACAGACUUCACCCCUGAUCCCUCCCAACGCCAAGAUGGCAGGAUCACUAUAGUUGUGGUCAGCCGUCUCGUCUAUCGCAAGGGAAUCGAUCUUCUCGGUGGAAUAAUCCCAGAGCUCUGCCUCAAACAUCCAGAUCUGCACUUCCUAAUCGGUGGAGAGGGACCAAAGAGGCUUGUGCUGGAGGAAGUGAGAGAGAAAUACCAACUACAUGACAGGGUGCGUCUGCUGGGGGCUUUGGAGCAUAAAGAUGUUCGUGGAGUUCUGGUGCAGGGUCAUAUCUUCCUCAACACGUCUCUGACCGAAGCAUUCUGCAUGGCCAUUGUAGAAGGAGCCAGCUGUGGGCUGCAGGUGGUUAGCACUCGUGUGGGGGGCAUUCCUGAGGUGUUACCUGAGGACUUGAUUACCUUGUGUGAGCCAACUGUGCGGGCAUUGUGUGCUGGUCUGGAGACGGUCAUCGCCCGGCAGCGUUCAGGAUCCGUCCCCUCACCUGCCUCUAUCCACACGCGUGUGCAAAACCUCUACACCUGGAAAAAUGUUGCAGAGAGGACUGAAAAGGUGUACGACCAAGUGGCCCGAGAGGAGGUGCUUCCCCUGGACAGACGGUUGCGGAGGCUCAGGGCUCACUGCGGCCCUGUGGCUGGCUCCAUCUUUGCAUUUGUGGCUGUUUUAGACUACCUCUUCCUGCUGCUCCUGCAGUGGUUGGUGCCAGAUCGGGUCAUGGACAUCGCCGUGGACGCCACCGGCCCUCAGGGACUGUGGAGGCAGGGACCAAGCAGUGAUGUCGGAGCUCAUUCUAAAGGUGGCGUGAAGCGACCCACAGAACCAGACAUGUCAACGUAGCGAUCACUCCAUACUUCUCCAUCACCUCCAGGUGCUUACGUUAUGUUUUAUGUCCACUUGUGGCGCCGACCAUAGAUCGUAUAACAAAAUCUAUGACAUGAGAGCUCCCUAAAAAUCAAAACAUCUCAAUGGCCAAACUAAAAACUCAAAGCACACGUUAAACACAUUUUUGCCAAAGAUGGUUUCUGUCAUUGGAGGUCGUUCUUGUCACGCUGCUGUUUGUUCAAAUGUUUGUUUUUUUGAUAACUUUGUUUUUAAUCAGUUAUUUAAAGCUUGAUUGACAGCUGUGUGUGCCAAUCCGUGUGCUCAUGAAUAAUGGCGCUGCUUGCAAUUGAUGGUAAGGGUGUAUGUGUGGGAACUUGAUACCACAGUGAUCACCAUCAAAGAGCUUAUUGUAAACUUUUUAUCAUUACUGCGCAGACUCCCUCUUUUAAUGAUGUCACCCGUGUGAGAUGGUGGCAGUUGUGCCUGGGAUAUUUUGGCUCAAUUUUUGUACAGUGAGAGAUCCAUCAUCCAUCUUUAUACGCAGCCUAUAGCUCCAUUCACACAGAGAUCACACUAUAGAGCUGCUCUGAAGUCCCUUCGUUAUUCCCGCUUUGCAUUUUCACACAGAACCAAACGACGGCAGCAUCAGGCCACUCCAGUGUGUGAUUAUACACUGCAUCAUGGCUUUGUGGAAUCAAAAGAAGCAUGAUGGGCUUGACAUGUAACACAUCAGUGUUGGCUUCCAGUGUGACAUAUAAAAUACAUGUCAGCAGCCUUUAUGAACAAUAACAAUAGCAUUAACAUGUCAAUAAUAAUUAUUUACCAUCUCUGUUAUAUAGCAGCUGAUCUGGUCCUCCGCUCGGAGGGAAAGGAGCUCCUGGACCUCAUUGUUUUCCCAGUUCGCAGACAUUUAUGGUCACUGUUCUUCUUGGACUUAGCCGCUGAUUGCUAACAACUACGUUUUAAAUCUCCUGUGGUAAACACUCAUAACACAUCGUAAAAAUGUGUGCCGCCCAUGAUCCUGUCCCCCAGACUCUCCUGCACAGCAAGGUGGCAUAACAGCACGAUAUUCCCAGGGGCUAUAGAGAGCCCAGAGUCACUGUUUUCCCAGUGAACUGCCAUGAAACCUUAUUUUGGAAAAAAAUAUGUAUGGAUGUCAGUGGGGAGAGAAAAAUGUGCCAUGAGUACACAUUUGUUUGUCAAUUUAAAAGAUAAUUUUGUAAGUCAAGAAAGACCCAGUUUGUAGUACAAUUGCUGAAGUAUAAAUAUGUAAUUAAAACAACUACACAAGUUAAAAAAAAAAAAAAAGACAAACAUCAUAUGUGUAAUUCAUGGCACAACUUAAACAGGAUCAAGAAACUAUUUGUCUCUCGCUGUUCAAUACUUAACACCAGUAGGGAAGGGAUAUCGCCUUUGUAUUCUUGCCAACUGACAUUUGAAACAUGGCUACUGAGUAGGACUGCAGCUAAUUAUGAUUUUCACUGUUGAUUAUUCUAUUAAUUAUUUUUUUGUUUGGUCUGUAAAAUGUCAGAAAAUGGCAACAAAGGCCAAUCAGUGUUUCACAAAGCCAAAGAUGACACCCUAAAAUGUCUCUGGAGAGAAGACACAAGAAAAUAUUCAUAUUUAAGAUGCUGGAAUCAGAGGUUUGACCUUUUUUUUAAUUACUUGAUUAAUCAAUUAUCAAAUUAGUUGGCGAUUAUUUUUAAUAGUUGAAAACUAAUCAGUGAAUUGUUGCAACUCUACCACUGAAUGUGCUCAUACUAACCAUUGUUUACAUCAACCUAUCAAAAGGGACCUUGUGUGAAAGCAUUUUAUUGAAGACUUGGAAACAGAUUUUUUUUAAUAUAUUUAAUGAUAAAAAUGGAAACCUGUGGCACUCCUCGGAGCUUUAACAAGCACUUUUUUUUUACGUAGCAUAGAUUGCACUGAACAGAGGAGGUAAAAGGGCUAAUUAGGUUUAAACUUCUCAGAAAAUAAAGCAGCAGUAAUCAGUUUCCAGUUAGAUGCAUACUUCAUUUAUAGCAGUGGUUUUGUCGGUUAAUUUCACUGUUUGUGCAAAGCUGUGUGUAUAUCAGUGCAAAUUCCAUUAUUUGUCUGAUUCUGAUAUCAUGAAUCACUCCUUUGUUUAAUAAUUUGAAAUGUUACAUAUUUAUAUAACACCUGGGAGGUUUUUUUUUGUUUUUUUUUUCAGAUGAUCAUGUAACUCCCAAACUGUCCACACCAUAAAAUAAAGCGUACUUUCUAAUAAUU